AAAUAAUAUACGGAAUUACAACAUCAUCAAGACACCAACAUGGCGAUUGAUUGCCCAAAGAAUUGCUGCGACAAGCUUGCUACUACCACUUCCUAUUAUUCAUCCUACGCUACUCUCCUCUCCUCACUUCUCUCUAUCUUUGGAAGCUGUCUGAUCAUUUUAACGUUCAUACUGUGGAGGGACGUGAGAAGAUCCACUGCAAGGAUAAUACUCUUCUUUCUCGCUCUUGCUGACCUUGGCACUGGACUGAGCUACCUAGUCUCUUCUGCUGGUUUUAUAGCUCACUACAAUCUCAUUAAGUCUUCCGGUCCUAAUGAUACUCAUCCUGGUUUCAAUUAUUCUAAAUUUUGCACCGUAACAAGUUUUUUUACUACAUUCUUUCCUGUCUCUUCCUUCUUUUGGACAGUCUACCUUGCAAUCUACUUCUUCAUAAUCCUAGUCAUGAAGAAACCAAGAUGGAGUCGCAAAUUGAUAAUCUUUUUCAACCUCACCGCUUGGCCGAUACCUUUCCUCAUAUGUAUCUUCACUGUCUCAUUCGGUAUACUUGGAGCAAGUACUGUUAACAACACCAUCGGCGAUCAUCGUAAUACUGCUGGCUGGUGUUUUGUGUCGAUAAAUGGUACAAAGGGCUAUCAUUAUAGUUAUGGAGUGUAUCUAGCCUGGGAGGCACUGUGUGCUAAAGGAUGGGAGUUGCUGUUCUUUUGUAUUGUCAUUAUCUCUUAUUCUACCAUUUACUGUGUACAUAGUAAUAUUGUGAGAAAAUUAUGGAAGAAGCUAAAGAAAUCUGAUGACUCAGAAGAGUCUCAAAUAUCCUCAAGUCCUACGUUUUCAUCUCGAAUUGAUUGGAAGUUGUUCGUUAUUCCGAUUGUUUUCAUAGCACUCAGAGCUCCUGGUACUUAUAGAUACUUCCUCUCAAUGUCUGAGGCUUGCGGGCCAGAUAAUAAUACAACUUUUACUGAUUCGAAUACCGGUUGUGGAGUGAAUGAAGAAUGCUUUAAGCUUGGUUAUAAUUACUACUUCAUAUAUAUACAGGCAAUUUUUGGUCCACUCCAAGGCUUUGGAAAUGCUAUACUCUUUGUUUUCUUAUCUAAAGUAAUAAUGAGGCGACUUCAAGUCCUAAUAUGCAGCUGCUGCGGUUAUAGAAACUUGAGAUCGAGAGAGCCAAUGAACAGUACAGUAUUUAGCAAUAAUGCUGAACCACCAAGCAGUGGCAAGAGUACACCACAGAAUAUAACUAAGGAGCAUCACCACUUCUAUGUAAAAUACAGUCCUAAUACAGGAAAGAAAAGUAAUGCAGCGUCACCUACAGCACGGUGGGAGGAUAGUAUGGAUGAGAGUGGAUCUGAGAGCAUCAACAGUGCAAUGUCAGCUAAGAUACUCUACGGAUCAACUGUUGUUACCAGUUAAGGAACACAAUUCCAUGUAUUUUUUGUGUGAAUUUUUUUGUUUUUUUGAAUGCAUGAUGCAUGCAUUGAUUGAGUGUACUUCCCCAUAUCCUUAUGCACUUUAAAAUUUGUGUGGACUUUGAUUGAAAGAAUUUUAUUUUUGUCUAGUAGAUUAGAUUCAUAGCUAUGUGAAAGGGGGGCGUCUCUCACACCAUCUCCCAUGCUUCUCCCUUCGUUCCAAAAUGACAAACUGCACUAUUGAGUUCGUCUCUUCCUUUCUGACUCUGGCCUCUUCUUCCCUCUCCAUCUUUGGAAGCUGUCUCAUCAUUCUAACGUUCAUACUAUGGAAGGACGUCCGGAGCUCCACAGCAAGGAUAAUUGUGUUUUUUCUCGCCAUUGCUGACCUUGGCACAGGGCUGAGCUUCUUUGUCUCGUCCGCCGGCUACAUCUCCUAUUACUCAGAGGACGACCUUCUUAUUAACUCUUCAUACAAUAGUUUCUGCUCGAUCAUGAGCUAUUUUACAACUUUCUUUCCCGUCUCCUCUUUCUUUUGGACGGCCUACCUGGCCCUCUACUUUGUCAUUGCACUGGUUUUCAAGAAGCCAAGAUGGAGUGGGAAAUUAAUAAUUUUGUUCAAUCUGACAGCUUGGAGCAUCCCUUUUGCUAUAUGCACGACUGCUAUUGCAUUCGGUGUCCUGGGGAACUCAGAUUCCCGCACUUCAGGAGGAUGGUGCUUUGUGACUUUUCAUGGUGCUGGAAGAUUCAAUAAUUACUCAUAUGGAACUUACCUAUGGCUUGAAGCUGUUUGUGGGAAAGGCUGGGAGCUCUUGUUUUAUGUUGUCGUUGUUUUCUGUUAUUCAACAAUUUAUUGGGUCAAUAGAAAACUCUGCUGUAAAAGCAGUAAUGCAAAUAAAAUACAGAGUGCCUAUCCACCUCUCAUAGAGAAGGAGAGUGAUAGCUAUAUCAGAGUCUCGCAGAGGGCAUCAAGUCAAGCUGCUCUUUCUCAAGCAAUAUCAAAGAAACUAUUCAUUAUUCCAGUAGUCUUUGUAUUUCUGAGGGCACCUGGCACUUACAGAUACUUUCUAUCAAUGGACCCGUACCAUUGCCGUGACAGCGAUGAUGACUAUGAUAAUUUCACUAGCAACUAUUGCGGUGUAACAGAAAAAUGCUUUAGAUUCGGUGGGAACUACUAUAUACUACCAUUGCAGGCCUUUUGCGAUCCACUUCAAGGCUUUGGAAAUGCUGUCCUAUUCGUUUUCUUUUCUCGUGUUAUCAUGAGACGUUUGUCCUAUUCUAUACACAAGAAGUUUCACUUGAUCAAAUACCAUUGUACACGAUUCUGCAAUGGAGAAGAAGCCACAGAUGAUGCUCCUACUGCAAGUCUGAAGACAAAGAAUAGUCCAGCAAUUGUUAGAGCUCAAGUUCAACAAAGUUCUGAAUAUGAUACUCAGCUUGAUGAUGAUGAGUAUCAUACUAGUCUGGGUUCUGUGUCUCCUCACAUGCAGUAUGGAUCUGUCGUGUCUGAUAAUGACACCAUAACAAACUCCAUAAAUCAAUAAAAUAAUAAUGACAAGAGUAAAAAUGAUGCUAUAUUUUUAAUAAAAAGUUUUUUCCUGUAUUGUUGUGUAGUACGAAAGGAUUGCUUAGCUCAAAAGUCAAAA